AUGAUAAAUUCUCUUGUAACCGUUGAACUUUAUCGAAAAUCGAUUUAUCAAUCGAAUAUUUCCUGUUCUUUUAUUGCUAAUAAUUCAUUACCAAAUCACUCAUCAAUUGACGAAUGUAUUCGUGCAUGUGUUAAUGAGUAUUAUUGUCAAACAGCAGUUCAUUUCAAAAAGGAAGAUAUUUGUUCAAUGUUUGCAGAUGUUUGUAACACAGAUUCAAUAAAAUCAUCGGGGAAUACGUCUGCAACUGUUAUUUGUUAUAAAAACGAUCAUCAACUAAUUCCAGCAUGUUCUUCAACUAUAGAUCAAGAAACAACAUCAAUUUCAAGUGUGGAAACGAGCUCGAUACAAGGUGUCGCAACAACAACGGCAACAACAACAACAACGACAACAACGACAACAAAAACGACAACAACAACGACGGCAACAAGGACAACAACAACAACAACAACAACAAAAACAACGACAAAAACUACAACAACAACAACAACCGUAACAGCUACUCCACCAUGUUCACCUCAAUCAAGAUCGACUGGUGUGCUACUUAGCAUUAUCCAUCCACAGUCAAAUAACUAUCCAUCUUACGAUUGUUAUGCGUAUACUUGGAUGGCCACUGGAGCAUCGGCAACAUUGUCUUUCUUUUUUCGUCAAGAUUUCGGUGGUUGGAUGUUAGAUGAUGUUAGUGUCUAUCAUGGCAUCACACAAUUGAUUAUCAAUGGAGGUUUUGAAACAGGUAAUUUAAACGCAUGGAAUCACUCAGGUUCGUGUGGCUACAAUACAGGAAUGGCUGACUCUGGCUGUUCUGAUGCCAACUCAGGGCAUUAUUACUACUACGAUCCAUGCACGUUGUAUGGUGAUACGAUAAGUCAAACAUUCUCUACUGUUGUCGGUGAUACAUAUGUUAUUAGUUUUUGGUUGGCUGAUUACCACUGCUGUUUAUCAACUGAAUUUGCAACUGUUACAAUUACUUAA